UGCUGCGUUGAAUGGAAGUUGCUGUAAGUGCGCUGGAUUUGUACACAGUUUUACUCGCUUUUAACCGGAGUUCGGCUCACACGCUUGUUGCUUUAGCUCACAGGACAUUGUAAAAAGUGAAUCUUACUACAUAUAUUUAUUAAUUUCUACGAAUCAUAUUCAGAUCGCCUGCGCGGGACUCGUUUUAUAGGGACUGCCGGUGAAUUUAAGAGGGUUUAUUGCUACGCAUAUUACGCAUACAGUUUCUCAUGUGCAUUUUAAUCGGUUCCCGCGCAACCGCGUGAAUUCUUGUCUAUAGUUGAUAUAGUUAAUCGAUAUAUUAGUGACAUGACUGCUCGUUUUCUUUCAAGCCCUCCAACGUGUUAAAAUAACAGCAUCUGGACCGGUAGGGCUCUGCAUUCAACUGGAUCUGCAAACUACUGCGAGAGGAUUGAGACUCUUGGGGAUGUAGUGAGUGUGCUCAUCGUUGAUAGCUUAAAUACUAUUUUUUGAGACUACAUAACUUUAUGUUGAGCUUAAAUCGGAGGGAAAAAGCGAACUUGUGUUAAAGAGCGAUGAAUGAGUGACUCGUUUCGUGUGAUGCAUAAAUGUAAUGACAGGUAGUCGCAAUGCAAUUCUAAAGCUAUUUUGACUCGUCUGCUUUGAUCUGCCGUAUUUGAACUGUUAAUGAAAGACACAUUAAUCUCAGACAUCACUUUGCCCCUGGACGAAAUGCUUGCUUUUAUCUAACUAUCGGUUUUUACGCGAGGUAAAGUUGCGGCUUGGUUUACGGGGCACAUGCGCUACACGGACUGUAUAAGUGACGUAGUGUCACAGCGCGAGCCUGCGGAAUGAACGCCAACGGAUCGGAUCCUAAAUCCACAGAGAACUUCACGGGUCUGCGUAAAGCACACAGACCUGGGAGACAAAACAGGAAGGUGGAUUUCGUCGGGGAGAGCUGUGUUUACUCAAGACGCGACGGACACUCGCGCUCUCUGUGGAAACCCUGCAAAGACAGAGUUCACGGACUGACUUUCACGUGUGUGGACGAGAAUGCCAUCAUGUAUGAUACCAAGAGCACAUCCUCGAAGAUUUUAACACAUUGUCACGAGAGGAAUGUCAGCUGGAAUGGCAAGAGAAAGUUUGCAUUGUGCAUUUGGAGUUGGUGGGCGUUUUUCUGCAUGCACAUCCACGUGUUGAGGGCGGUAGCACAAGUCGAUGUGGCCCCGUACUUCAAAACAGAGCCGGGACCUCCGGAGAUCCACCUAGAAGGAAACCGUCUGGUCCUGACCUGCCUGGCAGAGGGCAGUUGGCCCCUGGAGUUCAAAUGGAUGCUCAACAAUACAGAUAUCACAGACUUCUCCCCGGAGUACAAGUACACCAUCUCCUCUCUGCAGCGCUCCAAUAUGGGUAUUUACCAGUGUGUGGUGAGAAACAGAAUGGGUGCUUUGCUCCAAAGAAGAGCCGAGAUACAGGUGGCAUACAUGGGCGACUAUAUUGACAAUGACCAAAGAAAGACAGUCGCACAGGGUAGGGCCGCCAUCCUCAACUCCCCAGCGGUCAGCUGCUUCCCGCGGCCACAGGUGACAUGGUUCAGGGACGGCUACAAGAUCAUUCCCAGCAACAGAGUAGCUAUAACGCUAGAGAACCAGCUCGUGGUGCUGGCCACUGCCGCGGCGGACAGCGGGAGGUACUACGUCCAGGCUGUUAAUGAGAAGAACGGAGAAAACAAGACAAGUCCAUCCAUUUACCUGAAUGUGGCGGCGAACAAGAAGUACCGUGGAUCACAUGAUUCAGAUGCCCCAGCAGACCCCGUGGCUCCAGUGAUUGUUAUCCCGCCCAGGAACAUAACAGUGGUGGCGGGGGUGAGCGAGGCCACGCUGGAGUGUAUAGCAAAUGCACGUCCGGUUGAAAAGCUGAGUUUGGUGUGGCGGAGGAACGGCGUAGAAGUAGCCAGCGGCGUGGGCUCCUUCGGCCGACGCUUGACCAUCAUCAACCCCACCAGCCCCGACGUGGGCAUGUACGUGUGCGAAGCCUCGCUGUUGGACAGCAGCGUGAAGCCUGCGGAGGCCAAAGCGUUCCUCUCUAUCACAGAGGCGCCCUAUUUUACCGCCGAGCCCAGGAGGAAGAUGCUGGGAGAAGUGGAGAGAAAUGUGGAUAUCCAAUGCCAAGCACGAGGGGUGCCAAUGCCCAGGUUGGAGUGGUAUAAGGAUGCAGUUCCCCUCAGUAAACUCGGCAACCCUCGCUACAAGGUCAUCUCCAGCAUGGGCCUUCAGGUCAGGAAGAUACAGCCCAGCGAUGCCGGAAUCUUCCAGUGCUUCGCCAGGAACUCGGCUGGAGAGGCUCAGGUCCACACUUAUCUGGACGUCACGAGUAUGGCUCCAGCCUUCAGCGCGCCAGCGGUUGACAUCACUGUCACAGAUGGAGCAGUGGCCACGUUCACCUGUCAGGUGUCUGGAGCUCCUAAACCUGCCAUCACCUGGAAAAGAGAUUCACAGAUUCUAGCCAGCGGUUCAGUGCAGAUUCCACGUUUCACACUGUUAGAGUCUGGUGGUCUACAGGUUCAGCCUGUCAUUCUUCAGGACACGGGGACGUACACCUGCUACGUUGCGAACUCAGAGGGAGCUAUCAACGCAAGCGCCUCUCUCACUGUGUGGAGUCGCACCAUCAUAUCCAGCCCUCCCACAGACAGACGUGUCAUCAAGGGGACGACGGCCAUUUUGGAGUGUGCCGCGACCCACGACCCCCGUGUGGCGGUGAGGUACGUGUGGAAAAAGGAUGAGGAACUAGUGAGCCAGACCAGAGGGGGGCGUAUUAACCUGCAGGAGGGAACCUUGUACAUCAGUCAAACCUGGUCCGGGGACAUCGGAGACUAUACCUGUGAUGUCAUAUCUCAGGCCGGCAACGAUUCCAAGUCAGCCCGUCUGGAGGUCAUCGAGCUACCACACUCACCCCGAAACCUACAGGCCAGCCUCAACACCAACGACAGCCGCAGCGUGGAUCUGUCCUGGAUGAGACCCUUUGAUGGAAACAGCCCCCUCCUUCAUUAUGUGGUGGAGCUCUCAGAAAACAAUUCCCCUUGGAGAGUGUACUUGUCUGACGUGGAGUCCACAGCAACCCGGGCCAUGGUGAAGGGACUAACCCCAGCCCGCUCAUACCAGUUCAGAGUCUGUGCGGUCAAUCAGGUGGGCAAAGGACAGUACAGCUCCGAAACCAACAGAUUGAUGCUGAGGGAGGAACCUCCCAGUGCUCCACCUAAAAAUAUCGUAGCCAGUGGCAGAACCAAUCAGUCCAUCAUGGUGCAGUGGCAGCCGCCCCCAGAACCUCAGCUGAAUGGAGUUUUAAGAGGAUACGUCCUCAGGUACCGGCUGGCCGGUCUCCCCGGAGAGUACCAGCAGAAGAACAUCACCAACCCGGAGAUCAACUACUGUCUGAUCGCAGAGCUCAUCAUCUGGACCCAGUAUGAGAUUCAGGUGGCCGCAUACACGGGGGCAGGCCUGGGCGUCUUCAGUCAGCCUGUCACCGAGUAUACACUGCAGGGAGUUCCUACGGCGCCCCCACAAGGCGUGGAAGCCAAGGCAGUGAACUCAACCACCAUUGAAUUUACCUGGAAUCCACCACCUCAACAGUUCAUCAAUGGCAUAAAUCAAGGUUACAAGCUAAUGGCUUGGCCCGAGCGCUCACCAGAGGAGGUUACCAUCGUGACCAUCACCCCUGAUUAUCACGGAACACGUCACCUCGGAUACAUCAGCGGUCUGAAAAAGUUUACCUGGUACUUGACGUCAGUGCUGUGUUUCACCACUCCAGGGAACGGACCGCGCAGUGCUCCCAAACUGGUGCAGACACACGAGGACAUUCCAGGCCCUGUUGGUCGGCUGAGUUUUACAGAGAUUUUGGACACGUCUCUGAAAGUGAGCUGGGAGGAACCUGUGGAUAAAAACGGCAUCAUUACUGGUUACCUUGUGUCCUGGGAGGUGCAGGGAACGAACCAGUCACGGGUGGCACGGACCUUGACGAACACCACGCUGGAUUAUAAAGUCACCGGUUUGACGUCGCUCACCACGUACACGCUGGAGGUUGCAGCCAUGACGGAGGCAGGCGUGGGAAUUAUAACAUCCUCCACGAUUUCCUCCGGAGUGCCACCAGAACUUCCAGGAGCUCCAUCAAAUCUGGUCAUUUCUAAGAUCAGCUCGCGAUCUGCCACACUGAAGUUUCGUGCGGGGGAUGAUGGGAAGACCACCAUCUCCAAGUGGAUUGUUGACGGGCAGGUGGGCAGUAUCGGUGAAGAGGAAGAGUGGAAGGUGUUGUACGAGAAAGAGAACGAGCCUGAGGCUCAGGUGUUGGAGGUGCCCAACCUCACUCCCUUCACGCAUUACAGGUUUCGAAUGCGGCAGGUGAAUAUUGUGGGAAUGAGUCCGGUGAGCGCGCCCUCCCGCGUUAUACAGACACUGCAGGCCCCUCCGGAUGUGGCGCCCAGUAGCGUGACAGUACGCACGGCCAGCGAGACCAGUCUGUGGUUACGAUGGGUGCCGUUGCCCGAAAGUGAGUACAACGGUAACCCUGAGAGCGUGGGCUAUAGGGUCAAAGCGUGGCGGGCGGACCAGCGGGGCGAGGUCAGCACACGUUUGGUGAACGACCAUCUAGAGAGAGAAAUCACCCUGGAGGGUCUCGAGGAGUGGACCGAGUAUCAGCUGCAGAUUCAGGCCUUCAAUUCCAUCGGCCCCGGGCCAUGGAGCGACACGGUGAAGGGUCGCACACGCGAGUCAGUGCCAACAGCGGCUCCGGAGAACGUGACGGGCGAGGCCAUGAGCUCCAGUCGCAUCCUGGUAACCUGGGGGCCGGUCCCUGAGCCCGAGCAGAACGGCAACAUCCUCGGAUACAAGGUUCUGUACAAAGAGAAGGACUCGGAUUCGGAUGCACAAGUGAACGUUGUGAAGGGAAACCUGACGCAGUCCGUCCUGCUGCGGAACCUGCGUAAAUAUGUCCAGUACGAGAUCCAGGUUUUGGCGUUCACGCGAAUCGGAGACGGCCAGCUCAGCAGCCCACCGGUGCUGGAGAGGACCAAAGAUGAUGUUCCAGGACCACCCAUGAGACUGGUGUUCCCAGAGGUGCGUCUGACGGAGGUGAGGGUGGUCUGGCAGCCCCCUGUGGACCCCAACGGCAUAAUAAUGGGAUACCAGGUUGCUUAUCAUCUGGAUUCAGGGGAUCCCAACCAGUUUAUCACAGUAGAAGUGGGUCCAGAUACACGUCAGUUCACAGCGUCCCACCUGACCCCGGAGUCGGCCUACAUCUUUCGCAUCUCCGCCAAGACCAAUCAGGGCUGGGGAACGCCCGCACAGGCUGUGGUCAUAACUACUGAGAUUAGAGAGCGACCUCAGCCUCCACAGCGCCUGCGAGUAUCCCAGGAACAGGUGCAGUCCCGCAAACUACGCCUCAGUUGGGUUCCCGGAGGAGACGGCUCGUCUCCCGUGCGUUACUUCACCCUGCAAACGCAGGAGCUGCCUGACGGAGACUGGACAACUCAUUCUUCCGCUAUAAGCCACAAUUAUACGUCCUGGGAGGUGGACAGGUUGAAACCCUUCACUUCAUACAAGCUGAGAAUGAUGGCAACUAAUGAUGUUGGAGACAGCAAGUACAGCCAAGAGACGGAUGCAAUUACGACUUUACAAGAUGUUCCUGACGAGGCACCGGUGAUUCAAGCUGUGAAACCCUCCACGACGACAUCCGUGCUGGUGCAGUGGCAGCCGCCCAAAGAAGAGAGUGUGAAUGGAGUUCUGGUGGGCUAUCGGAUCUACUACCGCGAACUCCAGUACGACACCGCUCCGCAGGAGUCAAAGAGGGCCGUCAACAGCUCCUUGCUUCGCACCGAACUGACAGCCAAAAGCACUGUGAAGACUGUCAGCAAUCCUUCAUUAACCGUAUUCGAGCUAACACAGCUGCAGAAAUACAGGCGCUAUGAAAUCGUGAUCACUGCCUACAACGUCAUCGGUGAAAGUCCUCCGAGUGCUCCGGUAGAGGUGUUUGUCGGGGAAGCAGCCCCCUCCGUAGCCCCUCAGAACAUCCAGAUCAACACCUUGUCAUCCACUCAGCUGGAGGUCCAGUGGGAGCCGCCCCCCGUCGAGACCCAAAAUGGCAUCAUUCAGGGAUAUAAGAUUCUUUACUGGGAGAUGGACAAUCAGAACGAAACUGAAAGAGUUAAGAUUCUCUUUCGACCAGAAACCAACAUGAGAUUGAAGAACCUGACCAGUUACACAUACUACAUGGUGAAGCUGUCUGCCUUCAACGCAGCUGGAGACGGUCCGUUCAGUGAGCCCAGGAGGGGGCGCACUCUUCAAGCCGCCCCCAGUGCCCCUAGCUUCAUCAGUUUCUCUGAGGUGACCAGCAGCACCCUCAAUGUGUCCUGGGGCUUCCCUCUGUUGCCCAACGGCGUGGUGGAGGGCUACAGGGUGGUGUAUGAGCCCACUGCUCCUAUUCAAGGUGUGACUAAAGUAGUAACUGUGGAUAUCCGUGGCAGCUGGCAGCGCUGGCUGAAGGUUCGAGACCUGACCAAGGGUGUCGCCUACUGCUUCCGCGUUCAGGCGAAGACUAUCGCCUACGGGCCAGAAGCGGAAGCCAACAUUACAGCCGGCCCUGUCAAAGGAUCUCCUGGAUCACCUGUAGAAAUGUCAAUCACAAAGACCGGCUCAAUGCUCAAUAUCCAUUGGACACCUGGGGAGACAGGAGCAGGUCACGUCAUCGGCUAUGUCAUCGAAGCACGUCCAUCAGAUGAGGGAUUGUGGGAUACCUUUGUGCGGCACCUGCCUCCCACCAGCACCUCUCAGUCUGUGAAUCUGGACCGCCUCAGACAGGGCAUCAGCUACCAGUUCAGAGUCCUGGCGAUCAAUGAGUUUGGCUACGGUGAGCCUAGUGCGCCCUCUGCUGCUAUGUCAGCUCAAGUGGACACGCCGUUCUAUGAGGAGUGGUGGUUUCUGGUCGUGUUGGCGCUGUGCGGUCUGAUUCUGCUGCUGCUGGUGGUUUUCGGCCUCGUCCUGCACGGCCAGAACAGAAAGUACAAGAGCUGCGGAACAGGUAAAGCCGUGUCUACGGUGGAGGAGACGGUCACACUGGACAAUGGAGGAUUCACGGCUCUGGAGCUCAACAGCAGGCCUGUUCAUGUCAAGGGCGUUUUCCUGAGGAAGAACGGAACCAGGUCACCUCCUCGACCCAAUCCAGCUGGACUGCUCUAUUCUGAUGAAGACAUCUGUAGCAACUACAACGGUGGGGUUUCCACAGAGAGCACAGCACUGACAGAGAGACCUGCCGACAUGUCCGAGUCUGAGGCGACAGACAGCGAAUGUGAAGAGGAGCCAAUCAAACACUCGUUCGUGAAUCACUACAUGAGCGACCCCUCCUACUUCAACUCCUGGAAGCGGCAGCAGAAGGGGCUCAAGCAGACACUGGCCUGUUCCUACGAGGACUGCGCGAGCGGCGACGCAGAAUCUUACUAUCAGACAGUGGUCACGCAGCAUAGCGUGGGCGGGGUCUACACCCCCACAGGCCAGCCCACCCCUGGAUCACGGACUCCUGUCACGGGCUUCUCCUCGUUCGUGUGACGCACGGGUGCCCGGUCAGCCUGGACCCGGACCCCUCUGUGUGGGCAGCACGGUUACGGAGACGGGAUUUUUCGAUAUCCACAGUAUCAAUACUGACAUAAUGAACGCUGAAUGCAGAUUAUGAAGCGAGUGGAGACUAAAAAUGAUUUUUAUACUGUAUGCCAAUACUGAAGACUCUUCACAGCACCGGUGAUAAUCAGAAUUACUGUCUUUGUGUGUGUCCCUCCUGUUUGCAGCCUUGUGAAAGAUGGUUUAAAAACACAGGCCUUGACUGAAAGCUCAUGUCUGUGACCUAUAGUUGCGAUAAGACGUUCUCGCUCUAAAGGGUGGCACAUACUGUAUUCAACAUUCCUGCCACUGUUCCCUUUACCACACUGAAAAGAAACGCUGAGAAAAAACAUGCUGUAUACUCUCAUCUGAAUAUGCUUCAUCUCACUGUCAGUGUCGCUUUAUAUACACCUUGCAUUCGAGAUCUUAAAGGUCAGAAGUGUAAAUCUUCUCUAAUGGAUCUGAUUCACGGAUAAUGAAGCACGGAGCUCUGGGCACAAACGUCACAGUGUUUUAGUAUAUUCUGUAUAGACUCACCAGCAAGAAACAUACUGUAUCAAGGCUGUCAGAGGACGGUAGCUUUAGUUCUUCAUCCCUGUAAAAUCAGAUGGUGAGCAGCCAGAUGUGUUGUGAUGUGCUUCGGUGCCAUUGCUUACGGUCACACAUACUGACAUCUAGGUUAUAAUUUUACCAUUUUUACUCUCCUGUCUAUUUGGCCUGGUUUAGAAACUGCACUCACCUUGAAAUUAUUUAAUGAAUGAAUUUAUGAAGUGUACGUGUUGAGAACAGUAUGGUUGCUUUGCACAUACGCACUCUUGAGCCAUAUUGGGUUUCCUUCUUUUUCUUCAGUAUCUUUGUUUUUUUAACAGGCUUGUAAAAAAUGUGUAAUUUUACAGUGUGAUUUUAAAAUUAAUUUUUUUUUUUUUUUUGUUCACCGUAGUGUUAUUAAAAAGACGUUCAGCAGUUUGUACAUUCAAAAGUAUGACGGUUUUGGAGAAAUGCCAACACAAUGAGUACAUGAAGCAAACCAGAGUGUGCUGUAAUGGGAAUGUUGGUUUGAAUCCCGCCAAAUGUUUUAGCACAAGUGUUCACGUUCAUGAAGUAAAAUAAGUUCAUGUUUUUUUUAAGGAAAAUUAAAUGUUUGUUGUUGACUCAAAUGACUACAAAGACGUCUUGUUGCUGUUUCUUCAAAAACUAUUAAAACAGCUGUAUCACAAAUCAGUGAUAUGAUAUGGUUUCUAAGCAUUUUUAUCACUUUCAGUUUUCGGUUUACAGUUCACUGAACACAAUGCAUCAGUGGUGAUAUUUACUGUUAUCACUAUCCUCUUUGA